CAGCUGCAUCGCUCCUCACCUUCUGCUCUUUUCCUCUUGCCAAGGGGACGACACUGGAUGACGGCAGCCCGGAGAAGGUGCUCCAGCGCCAGGCCAAGGUCAGGGUCCGUUGCAGUGCAGUCUCACCCAUCCCCACUUCUCACACACAGCCAGGGGCUGAUGCAGCUCUCCAGGGGCCCUUUCUGCUGUGGGGCUCCUUGGUGAGUGCAGCCCAUUUCUUGCAGGCUGGUGCCAAGUAGCUGCCAGGUCGUGUGCCAUCCGGCAUUGAAGGCAGACGUGGCCACAUGGAUGGUGGGACCCACAGGAGCAGGAGGAGGCUGCCCUGGCCAUUAGCACGGCCAGGGACCUUGGCUGCAGUAGGGGCACCAGGGCCAUUGGGCUCUGCUGGUGUAGGAGCUCUCUUUGUCCAGCCCCUGGCAGAUCUGUGCAGCCAGGAUGGCAUGCUGCCACAGCCCAUCCAGGACCUGCUGGCUCUGCUCAAUGAACAUGGCCCAUCCACGGAGGGGAUCUUCCAGCUGGCAGCCAGCCAGCACGCACCCCACGAGGUCAGGGAGGCCCUGGACAGUGGGGUGCCAGUGCAGCUGGAAAACCAGCCCGUGCUGCUGCUGGCUGUCCUCUUGAAGGUGAACCCUGCUGACCCAGAGCCCUGCAGCUCCUGGAUCUCUUGGUGCUGAUGGGCACCUGCGGGAGCACAAGCAGAAACCCAGCUGCCUGCUCAUGAGCCAGAGGGCUAGGGAUACUGCAAGUGCUCCUGGGUGCAGUGGCCAAAG